AUGCCCAUUCCCUUGGCACUUAUCGCCUCCGGCUCGAAUAUCAUCGUCGAGUCGCACGACGAAGGCUCUGAUCGCUUCCUCAGCGCCGCCUCGACGAUCUUGACGCGCAUCCCGCCCAACUCGAGUCGACUCUCUUAUGCCUUUGAGGAGUGGCUCUUUCACUACGUGAGCGAGGAGGGAUGGGUAUAUCUCUGUGUUGCUGAUGGGCAGGGAGGGAGGAGAUUGCCCUUUGCGUUUUUGUCAGAGGUGCAGAAGGAGUUCCUCUCUCUCAACCCCACCCCUUCCCCCAGCUCCCCCGAUGCGCCGCACCUCGCCCACUUCGCGCCCACCCUCCAAGCCCUUCGCAAACGCUUCUCCUCUUCCCCCGAGUCCGACCCAGUCAAAGCUGCUCAAGCGGAGCUAGGUGCCGUUCGCGACAUUAUGACGCAGAACAUCGAGCAGGUCCUCUCUCGCGGAGAGAGGAUCAGCUUGCUGGUGGACAGGACGGGCGAGGCUGCGAAUCAGAGCACGGCUUUUAGGCGUAGAGCCAAGGGCCUGAGGAGGACGAUGUGGUGGCGCAAUGUCAAGGUGAUGGGAUUGGCUGGAUUCUGUGCGCUAGUGUUCCUCCUUUUCCUGUGGUCCGUGUUGCACGGUUGA